UGCGCCUCAGCGAAUCCUCGUGCUUGCUAGAUGUUCCACCUGAGGAGUCGUGUUCCGCAUUCCUGUAUCAGGUGUUCCCUACGUUCAUGCUUGCUGGGGCCGGCAUGGUUGCUGCGGGACUGCUGCUUGACAUUGUGCAGUCCUGGCAAGUCUUCAUCGAUGUUUCCCAACUCUUCGUUCUGGUGCCUGCACUGCUGGGUCUCAAAGGAAACCUGGAGAUGACUCUGGCCUCGAGGCUAUCAACACAGGCCCACCUAGGAAAAAUGGAUUCUCUGAUGGAAGUCCUCAACAUCACCUGCGGUAACAUGGCCUUGCUUCAGUGCCAGUCCUUGGUGGUGGGUGCCAUGGCCUCGCUGUAUGCUAUCGUCACUUCCCUGGUUGUUUUUUCCGAAGACAUUUCGCUGAGGCAUGGGAUUCUCGUCCUGAGUAGCGCCGUAAUCACUGUGUCGGUGGCGAGCUUUAUCUUGGGCAGCAUCAUGGUCAGCGUGGUGGUGUUGUCCAAGUUUUGCCGCGUGAACCCAGACAACGUGUCCAUUUCGAUCGCCGCUGCUCUCGGGGACGUUGUCACCGUGGGACUCCUAGCCUGUGUCAGCGCCGCCAUCUUCCACCUCCUCGAUCCGUGGCUUUCGCUUCUGGUGUCCGGGCCGCUGCUGCUCCUGGUACCUCUGUGGGCGUACGUGGCGUACAAGAACCAAAACACCCGAGACGUGCUUUCCUCCGGAUGGGUGCCCAUAAUCUGCGCCAUGCUAAUAUCAAGCUUGAGCGGGAACAUUUUGGAUGUCGCCAUCAAAAAGUUCACAAGCAUGGCAGCUUUCCAGCCGCUCAUGAACGGUGUGGGCGGCAACCUGGCAGCCGUGCAUGCCAGCCGUAUGUCAACGUUGCUGCACCGGCAGAAGUCGGUCGAGGUGGAGGUGCCGAACGGAGGCUCCUCCGUCAGUCUCUCUGACGGUACGGUUGGCGAAACUAGUAGUCGCAGUGGAUAUGUGCUGGUUGCGCUGGUAGUGCCCGGUCACCUGGUAUUCAUGAACCUCGUAUCGCUCGCCAAGAAUGGCACCCUGAUCACCAACGUAGUCUUCAUCACGCUCUUCUGCAUGGCCGCUCUCUUUCAGGUGAUCGCGCUGCUCCCUACAACUAACGUCAUCGUGCGCGCCCUCUGGCGGCACAAGGUGGACCCCGACUCCUCCGCCAUUCCCUACGUCACUGCCCUUGGAGACCUGCUGGGCACCGGUCUGCUCACCCUCGUUUUUUGGGCCAUAUCCCAGCUCGGCACCGAGAUUUGAAGACCCAUGCUCAACACCUUCGAGAUUCUUGUUUGCAAUAGACGUUGCUCAAAAGUCAGCGCCACCUAGUGGCAGAAUAAAAAGCUCCAAUAUGUUCGCUCU